CCUACUCAACACAUUUUGCAUCCAUUUGAUGCAGCAAAGACCUGUAUACCAACAUUAUGCAUACUUAGUUUCAUCAACUUGGACUUUUUUUCACGAACAAGCUUGUAGUUGUACUUGUUCUACUUAGCUUUUUAAUUGUUGCAAGAAAAACGACAACGACAUGACCAUGAGGAGUUUUUUUUCACCAGCCGCCACAGCAUCGGGAAAUCAAUCACUUUUCGAUCUCAGCUGAUUCAGAUUCUUCUUCUGGUUCUUAUACAGCUGAUACAACAGGCAAGAAGUAGUGACUGAAGCAAGCACUCUUUUGUAGUGUAGCUUCCCGGCUGAUUGUAAGUAGACGAGCACGAGGAGUCAUCUUCCAGCUUCGCGAAAAUGUUGGGCGAUUUAAAGGAGCUCUUCCUCCCAGAGGAGGUUCUGAACGAGGUUGCAAGUUUGAAUGCCGAAACCGUUGGGGAGCUGGCAUCGACCUUCCGAAGAAAUAGCGCUGUCUUAAGGCUUGAUGAUGCUGAUUUCCUAUAAUGUUACAAUGACCUGAACAGAAGUCCUCCACCUUCUUGCUCCAUGUCGUUCCUUCUAUAUUGAGAAGAAGCAUAGUCACGACCUCCAUCUCGUAGACGUUUAAUAAAAUAGGUUUUAGUAAUAUCCUUUUGCAAACUCGGAUAUGAUCAUAGGACGAAUCGCUUUUGACGCUGUGGUCUAAUGAACUUCGGAUCAAGGUGCGCACUGGUUGCUUUGGAUACGAUGAAAAAUCAUCAUCCCGGACAUAUUUUCCAGUACUGAAGAAUUUCAAGUUUUUGAUUUGGUGGUGCUGCUGCUGCAGUAUUAUUUGUUGGUCAAACUAGAAGAUUAUGGACUUGUAACAUACUUGAGUUAGAGCUAGAGAAAACCACCUUCAAUAAAAAAUAUGUUACAGUAACGUGAAUGUUCUUUAUGAAAAAAGAACUACAAGAUCUGUAGGAUACAUGCAAAAUAUUAUAUGUUUUGAAUCUACUUACUCAAAUCAAUAUCAGAUACGUGCAGGAGCUGACCCGGGGAGAGUGGAAGCAAGUCUUGCGACUCAAUUAAGGCUUGCUACUAGUACCAAGAAAAUGUUCUUCUUCGUAUUCGUUCUUGUCAACAUAAUCAUGAAUUUGACGACACAAUAGAUCAACAGUAUCUAGGUAUGCGAGUCCUUUCCAACUUACCAAGGAUGUGCCACAUCUUCUUCCACCCAGUUGCAAGUAACUAUAGCUAUACCUACGUGUCGUAUUUGUAUAAGACCUCGUCCAUGUGUGUCUCGUCUAAUAGAAUCGAGUGCGCGGUCGGAUACUUAUGCACACGCGAAUGGAGUCGCGACGACGAGGUGUAUUUGCCAUUGACGCGCAUGAAAGAACGACUGGAGGCAUGAGGCCAGAACGUGUUCCAACGAGAGAAUCGGUGCAGACCGUCGAGGGUCGCAGGUGCAUCAUUGACAUUAUGUGGCAAGGGGGAAGAACGGACCGGUUCUACUGGUGCAAGCGCCCUCCGAGGUUUUGUUAAGGCUUCGUACCCCUAAUCCAUCUUCAACAUACACAUAAUCGAUCCAUCCUGGGGACGAUUUUCAAGGGAAAUAUUUAGCGUCUACGAUUGCACCUCGAGACGGACUCUUAGGCUGAGCUCUAACUUUGCGUGAAUAUCGCCAGGAGACUACGCUAUCGGCUGCGUGACCGCAUUGAGGCUGCCCGGAGGGAGAAGCGCGAGGAGGAAGAGCGCAAGAAACCACUAGAGACAAUUCGAGUCGAGGAGAGGGAUGAUGACAGAAGUACAAGAACAAGAAGUACCAAGGGGGUCGUGAUGGGAAGAACAGGUGAAGGGCUGGACACCGACGUGGACGAAGUCGAAGACGAGGAUUCAGCAUGCGCCCAUAGGCCGUCGUGCGAUGAUGAGGAGAACAGGAACAGGAUGCCGACCUACUCUGGCAGCACAAGUAGUACCAGCAGCACCUCAGCAUAUCGUGGGGAAAGUGGAGGGUUGUCGCCGUCCUCCUUCUCGUCCUCUGCAUCUUCAUCUUCCACGUUUUUCUCCGCGGAAAAUAUUGGAGUUAUGCUGGCUAUCGUAGAGAAGUGGGGGUGCCAUUCAGUUUGAGACACCAUCUGAGUGGCAAUUCAUUGCUUCCGAGUAAGUAUGCAAAAUCUAUGUAAUUUUUUUAGUGAAAGAAGGAACAACCCUAAUAAAUUGAAACGACCACCUCCAAAUCUAAUCCAUCAGGCCCUUUGUUCUUGUAAAAUUUGAUAGGAUUCUGGACUUGUCGUGAAAGUAGAAACUAAAUGAACUCCACAGUGUUCUUUCAUCACUAUUUCGUUCUAGAUUAUCAAACUACAACCUCAAGCUCAACACCUCUAAGCCUUGUGGAGAAGAAUUCCCGUUCGAUCGGCCAAGGGCUGGGCAGAACGAUAAGAAAGGUGGUUGCAGAAGCAAUUUCCAUAGAAGCAGAAGACGAAAUGACAACGAUGCUGAGGGCGAGGAAAACCAAUCUCCACCAGGCGGAGUAGAGGGACUAGGAGGGACAGACUACAGCUUCUGUUCGUCAUCCUUUUCAUCUACUAAAACAUUUUACAAUUAUUCCUCUUCAUCUUCAGGAGCUAAGAAAGCAUCUUCCUCGUUCUCAUCUAGUUCUAGUUCUAGUACUAAAACAAAAACUUCCGGGACUUCUACCUCUAGUUCUAGUUCUUGUCCUAGUACAAGGAGAACAGAGACGGAUCCGUCCUCUUGGAGCCACUACGAAGUGCUCGGUGUGGAAGAAGACGCGAGUCCGCACACGAUCCGACGUGCGUACCGUAGGCGCGCUCUCGAGACACAUCCCGACAAAAACAUGGCUGGACAAGGGUCCUCCAAGGAGCUGGGAGAUGAUGAGGCUAUGUUUCAUCGAGUGGCAGCUGCCUACGAGACACUCAGCAAUGCGAACAAGCGCAUCAUCUACAACGCAACUCUACGCCGGAAAAGAAUGCUUAUACAACAGACCACGAGUGCACCCGUUGUAGUUCCUCCAAAGUUCACCAAAAGAACUCCAGCUGGAGCUGCUUCUGCUGCCGCUGGUGGUUCUGCACAUGCGAGCACUCGCAACUCUGCACCAGGAAGUCGUAGUGCUACGUCGUCCUCGAAAGUCGCUAGUAAAGCAAGAAAGAAGGAAGACAGAGCAAGCACUAGCAAGUUAAACGGAACCGGAAGUUCUGGCACCUCCCCAGAAAAAGCAGCGAAGUCAUCGGAGGAGCGGAAGGUGCCAACUGAAAAUACGGGCUAUACAAAGGAUCCAGCAAAAAGGGAUCCGAAAAAAAUGAAUGACGACAGUUCUGUGCAUAAAGGUGCCAACCACGAAAGGAAAGCUACUUCUAACAACUACAGCACGACCAGUCCUUCUACUUCUUCUUCUAGUGCUUUUUCAAAAACUCCCGCCUCCGGUAAUGCUGCUCCUGUAACCAGAGGUGACUUCCCCACCGGUUCUUUUAGGAAAACACCAACACGCGAGGACGAUGUAAAUCAACAUCAUAAAGGAACAAGUAAAGACGAGGACACAGACAGAAGCACCUCCACAGCUAGUUCUACGACCAAGGGUGAAAAAAAGGAAAAGCAAGAAAAUAGUUCAAGAAGUUCUUGUAAAAAUAGUCCUUGUUCAAGAGAAAAACAACGUCAAGAAAGUGUCUCGCAGGAAAAAGAUGAAGAUGACAAGAAAUCGACGAUGGAGGCGCCCGAGACUCGGCAUCCAAAUUACCCACGAGACAUAGACACACGCGGACAAAUUAAGGCCGCGUCCGAUGAUCUACAUAUUUCGAGUUCGACAUCUAUCUUUUUCACUGACAGACCGACAGGCCUGAAAUACUGACCUUGUUUGACAUCACCCAAAGUAAUUGAUUUUUGUUGCCAUACCCAUAGUUGGCACAUAAUUGGACCACUAUCUUCGAUAACGAAAGUAUUGAACAGACACGAAUACCAUAAUACUAAGCAACAAUUGUGGUUGUACUACUUGUGAGAUGACGAUUACUUGUAGUACUUAGUCCAGCUCUAAUUCAAUUCCUUCCCAGCCCGAGACUGAUACGGACAUGGAGACGGAGGAGACCAGAGUGGAUGAGCGUGGCCUCAAGGUUUGCGUUCUUAUGACCUACUUAUUCUAGUGCUACUGGUAUUGCGAAGAAGAAGAUAUCUAAUUCAUAUCCCACAGAAUCUACUUACGACUACAUCCUCUAGAAUCUGUCCUUCUUUCUUUGUUACUGUUAGUCGCUUGCAAAAAUUACACCUAAUCAACUACUUGCUUCUAAUGCUACUAGUAGAAUCUUAUUCUUAAUAUCGCGCAGCGAGUAUCAGUUUUUGGCUCAUUCUUUUCUCCUCUCUCUCUCUCCCUCUGGUAGAAUAUCUAAUCAACUUGCAAAAUCUAUUACUACUAGUAAAAUCUUUAUCUUAUCCUUAAUACAAAGAAAUAUGAGAAUGAUAAGGAAGAACAAGGAGGAAAGUUGGCCACAAGGACAUGUGCAUGCAUACAAGAAGCAUGGCCGCUGGAGUCUACUUCUAACGUGAGGGCUCCUGGUUGGCGUCUGGUGCGGCACUGCAUAACUGACUUUAUCGACGACGUGCAUGCGGCGUUGGAAACAGCCAUAGAGUUUCUCACAGCGCCACCUUUUAAGGGAUAAGGGUUUCCACAUUCAUUGCAUUCUGCACGACUUGCAUCCUCGACCUUUUGAUCUCAAGUAGAAAACUUAGGUCAAAGGAAAUGCCCUGAAGAAUGUAGAAUGCUGCAACCUUUAAACCUAGCGACUUGCGCAAUGACCUUUUUCCACCUUGCGAAGAUGCUGCACUUGAAUUUUGCAUUCCAGACGAGCCGCAAAAGUUUCUCUGAGACUACGACCGGCUGAUCGAGGUCGCAGAGGUUUCUCUGAUGCUAUAAUGUUGACCAGAUAAUCGUCGGAGAUGAUCUCGACUUACUUUGAGUACGCAGGAAUCUGUAUAUGAUUCCGAUUUAUGAAUCUGAUAUCCGCAGACGGAGGGACAACGGAAGCAGCCGCCGAUUUCUACGGUACUUGUUAGUGUCCUCCACGACUUGCAAGGAUUAAAGUAUCACCGGGAUUAGAAUAAUUCUGCGAUCCCUGGUUCUAAGAAUCUCGAUAACUACUUCUUUUUUUGUCCUUUGAAAUUAUAGCUGAGUGAUAACAAAGAAUGCUCGUUAUCAUGAGUCACAUCUAGUUCUUCCAACCUCCUGCUCAACUGUAUGUUUAUUACACAGAGUAUUUCUGGCUACUAGGAAUUAAAAAAGAUAUCCAAGAUGAACUCGUGUUUUUUAUCUCGAGAAAGCAUCCAUUCGAUAAGUUGUUCUUAUGACAAUGAACUACUAUGAGACAAAUGAGGCAAAUUCCUCGAGAGAGUACAGGAGUCAAUUAAUCAAUCUCAUGCAUACGCAAUGAAUCAAUCAAUUUUUAUGUUUUUCUCUUUGGUAUCUGUCAUCGAUCCCGCAGAGCUUAGGGGCUGGUCUGUCCACUAAUUGCCACUAAUUUGUGUCAAGAAAAGGUAUGAGAGUAGCUAGUAGUUGUACUGUUCAUGAAGCCUCGCAUCCAGCCUCUACUCUCUCCUCGAUUUUGUUUCUACAUGAAACCGAAAAAAAAUGAAUGACGUCAUGUGUCUGAUCAGUGACGUCGAAAAAAUAUUCCUGUUCCGUAUCAGCUUGCAAGAGUACGAGAAACAGUGCGUCUGAAUUCGAUGCACCACCUUCCGCAUCAGGUGUUACAUGGGUGAUUACAGGUGGCUAUGAUCAUCAUUAUUAAAUUUUUCUGGAAAAAGUCACCAAAUAGAAGAAACGAUUGGAGAAGCCAAAGCGUAGGGAACGCUGGAUCCCUUUUUCGAGAAGGACCCUUCAUCAAACGAGCCGCAUGAC